UGCCACCUGUCAGUGUCCAUCAGUGCCAGCUGUCAGUGCUCCUAUCAGUGUCAGUCAGUGCCGCCUAUCAAUGCCAGUCAGUGCCACCUAUCAGUGCUGCCAUUCAGUGCCACCUAUCAGUGCCAGUCAGUUCCACCUAUCAGUGCCAUGCUGUCAGUGCUGCCUAUCAGUGCCGCCUAUCAGUGCCAUAUAUGAGUGCUGCCUUUCAGUGCCCAUCAGUGAUGCCUGUCACAAUGCCCAUCAGUGCCAUCUACCAGUGCCUCCUCGUCAGUGUCCAUCAGUGCCACCUAUCAGUGCAGCCUAU